GUUUUCUGCUGCUACAAUCCAGGAAAAUAGCUUUCCAGAAACAAAUGUAAAUAGUUGGAACAAUAUCUCACAUUGUUUGAAUGCAUUUACAGGUUUAACUGCCCAAAGCAGGGACGACAGACCACAAAAGGGUGGAAAAUACUGACUUUGUGCGGCAACCCAUGGUGUCGGAUUCAUGGGAUUGUGAACUACUAGAAACUGAGGAUGCCUUCAGUGUUCCUCCAGGACUCCUUUGCGUCUGAUAUUUCCCACCGUCCCUGAAGGCAGCGUCGGCUUCUGGGCUGGACAGGAAACGACGGAGACGCUCAGCGUGUCUCCUCGGCAGCUCCGGGAGAGAAGAAUGGGAAAGGGAACGGGAUAGUGUCUGUAGACGAGGCAACGUGUGAAAACAUGAGGAUAACGGGCCGUUUCUUUUUGAGCGAGACUCAUCUUUUAAGAUAAUUAAACAUAAAGGGAGGCUUUCUUCUUCUUUCCCCUCCACCCCUCCUUGAGGGCAGUGCUAUUCGCUCUCUCGUUGGAGAACACAGGAGAAGAGAGGAUCCUCUUUGUGAAUCCCAUUUGACUAGGAUAAAAGCCCUGACACAAGAGUGGAGUGGAGUGGUGGUUUCGUCUGACCUUUAGCCUCAGGAGGACGGAGAGAAAAGCCUCUUCAGAGAUGGAGCAGGUAUCGGACGAUGAGCUGGACCAUGGAGCGGAGGAGGACAGCGAUAAGGAGGACCAGGACCUGGACAAGAUGUUUGGGGCUUGGCUUGGAGAGCUGGACAAGCUGACGCAGAGUCUGGAUGAUGGCAGGCCUCAGAAACCACUGCAGAAGGCUCCUCUCAGGCAGGAGACGAACAUGGCUAACUUCUCCUACCGCUUCUCGAUGUAUAACAUAAACGAGGCGUUGAACCAGGGCGACUCAGUGGACCUGGACGCCCUGAUGGCCGACCUGUGCACCAUCGAACAGGAGCUCAAUACCAUCUCCAAACCAAACUCUGCGUCUCACGGCCAGAACAAAGGCCAGCAGCGGGCCCCUGGGGGCCGCAGUGCCAGCACCAAGCACACAGGCACCGGUGGAGGGGGAAGCAGCGGAGGCAGCGCCAGCAGCAGCACCCGGGCGUCGCCGGCCAACACGGUGCGCGGCGGCAGCAGCCUCAACGCCCGCCCGGCGGCCGCCAACAUCUCCCUGGACGACAUCACCUCCCAGCUGGAGAAGGCCUCUCUCAGCAUGGACGAAGCGGCACGCCAGACCUCCUCCUCCUCUUCCUCCUCCUCCUCCUCCUUCUCCUCCACGACGCUCCGGCGGCCCUCGUCGGGGUCGUCCGGCGGCGGGCAGCACAGGAGGACGGGCUCGGCGGGCGCCGUCAGCGAGCAGGAAGCGCCGUCCCAGAGGUCCAGCGUGAAUUCGGCGUGCGCCUCGGCGUCCAGCAUGGACUCCCUGGACAUCGACAAAGUGACGGCGGGGGGAGAGGCGGAGGGCCAGAGCAGCCCGAGCACGCAAGGACAGAACCAGGCCAGCACAGAGCACUCCUAUCUGGACCGAGAAACCUCGCUCAUUCUGAAAAGCAUAGCAGGAAAGCCUUCUCACCUCCUGACCAAGGAGGAACAAGCCGCCAAAUUGAAGGCAGAGAAGAUCCGAGUCGCCCUGGAAAAGAUCAAGGAGGCGCAGGUCAAAAAGCUGGUGAUCAGGGUCCACAUGUCGGACGAGAGCUCCAAGACCAUGAUGGUGGAUGAGCGGCAGACGGUCAGGCAGGUGCUGGACAGCCUGCUGGAUAAGUCGCACUGUGGCUACAGCCCCGACUGGUCUCUGGUGGAAACCAUCAAUGAGCUGCAGAUGGAGCGGAUUUUCGAGGAUCAUGAGAACUUGGUGGAGAAUCUAUUAAACUGGACCCGGGACAGCCACAACAAGCUGAUGUUCAUCGAACGCAUCGAGAAAUAUGCCCUCUUCAAGAACCCUCAGAACUACUUGCUGGGGCGGAAGGAGACGUCAGAAAUGGCCGACAGGAAUAAAGAGGCGUUGCUAGAGGAGUGCUUCUGUGGCGGCUCGGUGUCGGUGCCAGAGAUCGAGGGCAUCCUGUGGCUGAAGGAGGACGGGAAGAAGUCGUGGAAGAAACGCUACUUCCUCCUCAGAGCUUCGGGGAUCUACUACGUCCCCAAAGGCAAAGCCAAGACAUCCCGAGAUCUCGCGUGCUUCCUGCAGCUGGACCACGUGAACGUGUACUACGGCCAGGACUACCGCAGCAAAUACAAGGCUCCCACCGACUACUGCCUGGCCCUGAAGCAUCCCCAAAUCCAGAAGAAGUCCCAGUACAUCAAGUACCUGUGCUGCGAUGACGUCAGGACCCUGCACCAAUGGGUGAAUGGAAUUCGCAUCGCCAAGUAUGGCAAGCAACUACAUGUGAACUACCAGGAGGCCAUGAAGAGGACGGAGGCGGCCUACGAUUGGUCCUCGCUCUCGACCUCGAGCAUCCGAUCGGGCUCCAGUUCUGCCAGCAAUCCUGAGUCCCAGUCUAAUCACUCGGGCCACUCGGACAGUGGCGUGGACACAGGCUCGUCUCACGGCCGGUCCCAGAGUGUGGUGAGCUCCAUUUUUUCCGAGGCCUGGAAGAGAGGUACCCAGAUCGAGGAAAGCUCCAAGCAUAUGAGAAUGGAGUCGACCAGAGGGGCCACGCUGCCGCACGCUUCCCACAGUCACCGGCAUCACAGCCAGCAUUCAGCGGACCACCCGGCCCUGACGCCCCCUCCCCAGCUUCAGGUGCAGCCGCAGCCCCUCCAACAGCCCCCGCCGCAGCAUCAGCACCCGCCAACGCACCCCCAGACACCGACCCAGGCGACGCAGCAUCAGUCCCCCCAACAUCAGUCCCCCCAACAUCUUCCCCCCCAACAUCUGCCCCACAACAUCUGCCUCCACAGCAUCAGCUCCCCCAACAUCUGCCCCCCCAGCAUCUGCCCCCCCAACAUCUGCCCCCCCAACAUCUGCCUCCACAGCAUCUGCCCCCCAACAUCUGCCCCCCCCACAUCUGCCUCCACAACAUCUGCCUCCACAGCAUCAGCUCCCCCAACAUCUGCCUCCACAGCAUCAGCUCCCCAGCAUCUGCCCCCCCAACAUCUGCCUCCACAGCAUCAGCUCCCCCAACAUCUGCCUCCACAGCAUCAGCUCCCCCAACAUCUGCCUCCACAGCAUCAGUCCCCCCAGCACCUGCCUUCCCAGAACCAUCUCCCUCAACAUCAGCCUCCCCAACAUCUGCCCCCUCAACAUUCCCCCCCCCAGUAUCAGCCCCCCCAACAGGCUCUGCGCCCCCAGCAGUCGCCGCAGCCGCAGCCCGUCGGCAGCUACAACCACAUCGCGCCCCCGCCGCAGCAGCAGCAGCUGGCUCCGCCGGCCCCCCCUCCCCCUCCGCCGCCUCCCCCUCCUCCUCUGCCCCCGGUGCAAGCGGUGUCGCACCACUCACCGGCUCCCACCAUGUACAAGUUCAGCACCAUCACCCGGCUGCAGAACCAGAUGGCCGCUCAGUCUGCCGGUCACCACCGGUUGCCCGGUCACCUCCACGUAAUCGGGCACCAAGUUCUGCCCCGGAGUCCGCCCGCAGCCCAGGUGCCCCUCCGACCCAACGUGAAUCACAUUGCGGCGAGGACCAAUGUCCCGCCUCCCCCUCCUCCACCCCCGCCACCGACCAUGCCGGCCCCCGGGUCGGCCGCGGCGAUGUUGAGGCUGGGCCCUCCCGGCGCGGCCACGCCGCCUGCCUUCGUUCCGCCGCCCCCAGCGCCUCCUGCGCCACAGACAGACGGAGUAGCAUUUCCUCCCCCUCCUUCUCCUUCUCCUCCUCCACCUUGUGCACCGUCUCCCGUGAGCCAGCCGCUGUACCCCAACGGGCCGAGGCACGCCCUGAAGGAGAGGUUCCCCAGCCCGCCGCGGGACCUCCUGCCCCCAAACGCCCUCGAGGAGUCCGCGCCGCUUGCCCCUGCUCCUCCGCCUCCCCCACCCCCGCCGCCUCCUCCUCCUCCCCAGCAGUUCCCGGUGCCGGUCCAGUUCCCACCGCCCCCUGCGCCGCCACCCGCGCCGCCCAAAACCUUCAACCCGGGCUUUUUCCCUCACACUGCCCCCAAACCGGUGUCGCCCGUCUCUCCCUUUCCCCCCGCCCCGCCCCCCGCUGCCCUGGCCGGCCCGACCCCGCCGCCACCUCCGCCCCCUCCUCCACCCGCGCCCUUCAAGAAGCAGUUCAGCCUCCAGGCAGGCCACAUCUCCGGCCACCCCCCUCCGACUCUGCCCAAGCAGCACAGCCUGUCGAAACAAACAGCCGCUCCUGCCAUGUCUUUGGUGAAGCAGCUCGCCAGUCAGUUUCCAGGAGCUUCAUCCCCUGCAGCCAAUCAGGCGGAGAUCCCCAAAGCCCCCCUUUCCCCCCCUGCAGUCAAGACCAAACCAAGAUGGCAGCCGGGGGGCGGCCAGCAGCUGCAAUCUCCAGAGUUCCCUCCUCCUCCUCCAGACGGCAGCGUUGGCUUCCCCGCCGCCGCCGCCGCACCUCCUCCGCCACCUCCUCCUCCACCACCUCCCCUAGCCCCGGUCACGGGCCCAACUCCACCUCCUCCUCCUCCGCCACCACCUCCCCUCGCUCCGGUCACGGGCCCAACUCCACCUCCUCCUCCUCCGCCACCACCUCCCCUCGCUCCGGUCACGGGCCCAACUCCACCUCCUCCUCCCCUCCCUCCUGGAAACCUGGGCUCCCCCAUGCGGAGGUCGCCCCCCGGGUCCUCCAAUUUCGGAGGCAAGAAACCCCCCCCCGCCCCGCAGAGGACCUCCGGCGCCAAGUUCAACGGCUCGGCUUCCUAUGAGGAAUCCAGGAAAAACUUGCUCUGCAAGUUUGCUCCCCAGAAUACUGCCCCCUCCUCCUCUUCACCAGGUCCCGCCUCCUCCAGUGGGUCCCCUUCCAAGGACCCUUCGACUGGACCGCCUGCUCCUCCGAAACCAGGCAAGCUCAACCUGGCCAACCUGCCCAUGGGACUCCACUCUAAAAUGAGCCAGGUAAAGCACACGGGUGGGGACUUCCCUUGCCCGCCACCUGACUGCGCUUACUUUCCACCUCCUCCGCCGGCCUCGGAGCUCUUCCCCCCUCCUCCGCCUCCUGGGAGCGACGGCCAUAGCGGAGGACCUCCUCGGGUCGCCGUGGUCAACCCCCAGCCCCAGGCUCCCCCUCCUCCUCCGCCUGUCCCCCUUGUGAGCAACUCGACAUGGGGGAAGAGCUCGCUGAAGAAGACUCCGCCGCCCACGCUCGUGCGGCGUAGUAACGCCACCCCGGAGCCUCCUCCGCUGUCGCCGCCUCCACCCACCUCCCCAAAGGGCAGCUCCGGCCAGCCCAAUUUCCUGGAUGAUCUCCACCGGACACUGAAGCGAAAGUCAGUGGGUCGCCAAGGUUCUCUCAACCCGGCCGGCCUCGCGGGCAAGUCUGACCCCGUGGGAGCUGUGGACGACACGGCGCUGCCUCCGCCGCCCCCCGAGCUGCUCCUGGACCAGGGCAAGCAGAGCAACGGAGGAAACGGCGCCUACAUGUCCGGAAACCUCUCAGGCUAUGCAACACUACGACGAGGACCCCCACCCGCACCACCCAAACGGGGGGACACGACCAAACUUACUGGCGAGUGUUGAAACGUGGAGAUCGGGACGUUAUGAAGAUGGCUGAAUAGACAAUGAGAGAAUAUAUGGAACUGAACACUAAAUAGAUGAGUGUGUGUGUGUGUGUGUGUGUGUAUAUACUCAAACCCAGACCAGGGUCAGUUAGUGUUUGCUAAUGAUUGCAGUUUUUUAACAUGCUUGGCAUUAUGGAUCAGUGGGGUUUAUAAUAUUGGGACAAUUUUAGGCUGGAGCAGGUAAGUUUGGGGUCACAGAAAAGUAAAAUUGGUCUUUUGAUUUUCUGCGAUUGUCUAAACUCUCUGGGAGACAUUGUUUUACGGUAAACCCCACCCAUCUGGUACACCAAGCGGAUUUAAAUAUACACUCGUAAGAAUCGUGCAAAUAUGACCAUGUUAUCCGCUUCUUUGCCAUAAGUUUGUGCCACGUACUGAAGACAAAAACAAACGAAACAAAAAAAACACAUCACGGUCUUUCUUCUUGGGUGCUGCAUGGACUUCAUGUAAGAGCCGGCCGUACGACACGCAGCGGUUCUGGUGUGUGUGCAUGAGAGGGACACUUAACCUGAGACUGGAGAUGCAUACAUACAUGCAUGUGUGUAUGAUUAUAUGGUGUUGAAGUAGUUAACCAUUUGAGGAGGCCUUCGUGGAGCGGGGACGGUUUGGUUUUUAUGUGAAAUUAUUUAAUGAGCGAUAAAUGGAAGGAUUUUUUGUUAUUAUAUAUAUAUAUAUAUAAGUCUGUCUUUUAAUAGCUGUCCAACAAAUUCUAGAGAGGAACAAAAUAUGAGGGCACAAUGGAAUGUAUGUGUAGUGAAUAACAUGGAUUACACACAUGAAGGCAACGAGUCGGUGGCAUGAACACUAGAAAAGCGUUAAACUUUCCAACCUGUCGACUCGUGUCGGCAAAUGCAAAUCAGAAGGAAAGCCUUAUCCCCGAUGUAAAGCAGAGAGAUUUCUUCCAAAGGUUCAACAGCGUCUGGACUGUGCAGCUGAGGGAAAACAAACACAACAACAAACACAACAACGUCGUUUUGAUUUAAUAGACUAUAAAUGGAGGAGGGGGCCUGUGGCUGUGUCUCCGUGGACCGUGUGAGUUCCCCGUGCGUCGGCUUGAUUUUGGGCCUCAUCCUCCGGUGCCUGUACAGUCGUAGCCGCUACUCCCUCACUGUCGGUCUCCGUCGCCUUCCAAAGUCACACGGUAUCACAAUUUGGGAAGUAGAAGGUACAGGUUGGAUUCAGUCCCGUGGAGUCUCCUCGUCCACACGAGGUGACCCCGUUGAAACGGACACGUGUGUCUGGUCAAUGUACAAAGCGUAACAAAUCAUGUAGUCCAUCACAGAAAACACCUGACUUGCAUUAGACUGAAAGUUGCGUGUCUGUCGUCAUUUCCUGAUUUUGUACCUGCAGAUUGCAUCACGAAGGGUUUUAAUUUCUUGCAGCGAGGCCUUUUUAUUCUUAUUAGGUGCUAAUGCUGUCCUAAUGAACUCAUCAUCAUCAUUUCCUUGUUUGCGAGGAUGACACAUCACUCGUUCAUAUUUCAGACCGUUUAAACUGGUUUUAAAUUGGCUUUAGUGUGGAAGCGUGUGCUCGAAGUGUCAUGAAGACGGUGGUGUCCACACAACGCGCCGUUCUUUGGACCGCCGCUUGAAGGCAGCGUACCAUUUCUUCUCACUGAUUGCCAUUGUCUUAACAGGAUGUUUGCUACAGUGCAGUAUGUACGUUAUUGAUGUGCUGAUGUGAACAUGUGGGGCCAAGUGAAAUGAAGAAAAAUGGUUGCAGAUGUGUCCUCCUGCAUAUAAACUGAAAAUCACAAUAUAAAUGUUCAAACCAGACCUCAA